GAAGAGGGUGUUCAAAAAUACCUAAAUUCCUUAUUAAAACAGUGAAAAUAAUAUAUUCCAAAAGUACUGAUAUUUCUUGGUGCUUCUGCUAAGGCAUACAGUAGAUAACAUUGUAAAAGCUUUAGUCCCUUCUGUCCUGAACACUGAACCAUGAAGAAUGAAGACGUUAUCAUGAUAGACAAAGGACAGUAAUGUGGAAGAGAAAAAGUUCAUGCACCCCAUCUGAAGACCGACAGUAUAGCUAAAUCAUCCUGAUGAUCCUUCACUGGCUUCUCAAUAUUGUGUUUGCAACCCACUGUUGUUUGAGUGAAAGUUUUAGUAGUCAAGAUUUGGAACUCUGCAGCUCUACAGGUGAACUGCCAGCUCCUGAGCUGUUUCACAAUGCAGGAUCUGUUCAUCCUGGAGACACAGUCUCACUGUUGUGUGUGCUUCCUUCAAAUAAUAGCAUAACAAGAUUUUUUUUCUGCAAAGAGAAAGCCCUUGUUUCAGCCCAGAAACCAAAAUCCAGCAUGGCUGUGUAUAAGUUCAAUAUUUCACAAACCUCUUCUGAACAAUAUUCCUGUGGGUACCAACAUAAGGAGGGACUAAACCAACAGAAAAAGUCUGUUCUCAGUUUGUCCUGGAAUCUGACGGCCCCUCCAGAGGAUAAUUUCCAUUCCUGUCCACCAUGUGAACAUGAUGAGAUCAAUGGGAUUGCAAGUUUCAUUGGUGAGAAAAGUUGGAUAACAUUGGGAGCUCUAAGCUUUGUCAUUCUGAUUCUGGCUGCCUUGACUUAUCACUUGGUAAGGAAAGCUCUGUUAUGUCAGUUAAAGGAGGAAGAAUCAAAUCCUCAGACCACUCCUUCUUAUGAUAGAUGGCAACCUUGUGGGACUCCAUCAAACCGAGGACCAUCACUCCAGAACACAGAACUUUCAGUUUAUGCAACCAUUGCUAGAGUGUAAGAAAAUAUUUAUCUUAGGAUUUCAAAAACGUCAUAUGUAGAUGCCAUAUCCUUGAAAUGGACAGAUUUUUAGGGAAUUAAAUAUCUGGAAGUGCUGGAGAAAACUGCACAGUUUGGAAACCAUAUAGUUCUGGAAAGAUCUGGAUCAAAUGAGCCAUCUCUGUCUUCCAUGGCCUUAUUCAUUCUUUUCCUGCCCAUAAAGUUGUCAAUAUAUCUGAA